GGCGGCGGGGGUGGGGCCGGCGGCGCUGUCCGGUGCUGAAGCUCGGCCGGCGCCGCCGCAGGAGCGCUGAGAGCGCCGCCGAAGGAGCUGGCGCCGCCUGGCUAAGUACCCUGUGGGUCCUCGCUCCCGCGCGGCCAUGGACUGAGCGCCAACCGGCUGCGGGGAUGGGGCCGCCGCUCCCGCUUUUGCUGCUGCUGCUGCUGCUGCUGCUCCCGCCGCCGCUGCCUCGCGCUCUGCCCGCCCCCGCGUCUGCCCGCGGCCGGCAGCUCCCGGGGCGCCUGGGCUGCUUGUUUGAAGAUGGCCUGUGUGGAUCAUUGGAGGCCUGUGUGAAUGAUGGUGUGUUUGGAAGAUGCCAGAAGGUUCCAGCAAUGGACACAUACCGAUAUGAGGUGUCACCAGGAACCUUGCUGCACCUGAGGGUCACCUUACAGAAGCUCUCCCGUACAGGCUUCACAUGGCAAGAUGACUAUACCCAGCAUGUGAUGGCCCAGGAGCUUGCAAACCUCCCCAAGGCCUACUCAUGGCAUGGGGAAGCUUCCAGCCCAGCCAGGACCUUACAACAGAACGCUGAUAAUGAAAAGUGGUUCAGCCUGGAGAACGAAGUGGCCCUGGCCAAGACCCUUCGGCGCUAUCUGCCCUACUUGGGGCUUCUGUCCCAGGCCCCAACUGCGAACGCACAACCCAGGAUAGAACAUGAGACACAUCCAGCCAAGGAUGAGGACUCUUUCCCCGAAAACAUCCUGACCUAUGUGGCUCACACUUCUGCACUGACCUAUCCUCCUGCAGCUCGGGUCAAGUAUCCUGACAACCUUCUGUGGCCCCUUAACCGGCUCCAGCCAGAUGAGCUCAGUCCUAAGGUAGACAGUGAUGUGGACAAACAGCAGCUGAUUGCUGCACUCAGUGCCUACACUGCUCAGAGGCCUCCUGGAGAAAAUGACCCAGGGCCACAGUAUCUUCCACAUAGUCCCAUGAGAGCAUCGAAGUCCUUCUCUGCACCUGCUGCUUCUCAGAGAUGGCCUUCACCUCCAGGAGAUGCCAAAGACUCCCUGAGCACGGGAGAAGAUAUACUCCUGCGGCGUCUCCUGAAAGAUCUGCAGCAACAGGCUGAAGUGGACCGCCUGGGCCCCCUGAAGUUGGAAGAGACGGAAGACUCAAUUGCUGGAGACAUACAAGGCGAUCCUUCUGAGGGAAGCCAAGAUGGCCAUGGGAGAGAGGCUGAGGGACCGCUGAGAGAGCAGGCAGAUGCCCCAGAAGCGGUGCUUCAAGAUCACAGACUAACAGAGGUGGAUGACCCAGUGUACGAGGAGGUCAGCCGUCUGAGUGUCCAGCUUGGGGACCUCCUGAAAGACCGUGGGUCACCUCUAUUACCUGAAGCUCCCCUUCUGGAAAAGUCCUCCAGAGCAGAGAUCAAGAAGUCAGAGCAGCCUGAGGAGGUCUUGUCUUCAGAAGAGGAGACUGCCGGGGUAGAACAUGUGAGGAGCCGGACUUACUUCAAAGACUUGCUGGAGAAGAAGCCAUACUCAGAGUCCCAGGCCCAGAGGCUUGAGGACCAAUUCCAAAACCGAGCUCCGGAGGUGUGGGAGGAGGAGCCAGCCCUCAAGUCAGCAGCACAGGGACCCCCUGGUGGAGGCCUGCAGCUGGAGGUUCAGCCUUCUGAGGAGGAACAGCUGGGGUACAUCCUCACGGGAAACAACCCCCUAAGUCCGGAGAAGGGGAAGCAGUUGAUGGAUGGCGUGGCCCACAUCCUCCGGGUGCCUUCCAGCUUCUUUGCGGAUGUCAAAGUCUUGGGGCCAGCAGUGACCUUCAAAGUGAGUGCCAACAAACAAAACAUGACAACUGCAGAUGUCAUCAAGGCCACAGUUGACAACAAAGACCAGCUGGAGAAGACAUCUGGAUUGACAAUCCUUCAAAGUGGAAUCGGGCCGAAAGGCAAGCUCCUGCCUCCUCAGGAAGAGCAGGAAGACUCUACCAAGUUCAUUGUGCUCACCUUCCUCUCCAUCGCCUGCAUCCUGGCAGUUCUCCUGGCUUCCAGCCUUGCCUAUUGCCUCCGCCACAACUCCCACUACAAGCUGAAGGAGAAGCUGUCCGGACUAGGGGGUGACCCCAGUGCCGAUGCCACUGAAGCCUACCAGGAGCUAUGCCGCCAGCGUAUGUCUGUCCGGCCACAGGAUCGCCCUGAGGGACCACACACAUCACGCAUCAACAGCGUCUCUUCCCAGUUCAGUGAUGGGCCGAUGCCUAGUCCUUCAGCUCGGAGCAGCACUUCAUCCUGGUCUGAGGAGCCUGUCCAGCCUAACAUGGACAUCUCCACCGGCCACAUGAUCCUGGCCUACAUGGAAGACCAUCUGAAGAACAAGAACCGGCUGGAGAAGGAGUGGGAGGCACUGUGCGCCUACCAAGCAGAGCCUAACGCCUCGCUUGUGGCCCAGAGAGAGGAGAACGCCUCCAAGAACCGUUCCCUGGCUGUGCUGACCUAUGACCACUCCAGGAUCCUGCUGAAGUCUCAGAACAGCCACAGCAAUUCAGACUACAUCAAUGCCAGCCCCAUCAUGGACCAUGACCCACGAAACCCUGCAUACAUUGCCACCCAGGGCCCACUUCCCGCCACUGUGGCCGACUUCUGGCAGAUGGUGUGGGAGAGCGGCUGCGCCGUCAUCGUCAUGCUGACACCGCUGUCGGAGAACGGCGUCCGGCAGUGCCACCACUACUGGCCUGACGAAGGCUCCAACCUCUACCACGUCUAUGAGGUCAAUCUGGUCUCUGAGCACAUCUGGUGCCAGGACUUCCUGGUGAGGAGCUUUUACCUGAAGAACCUGCAGACCAAUGAGACACGCACGGUGACCCAAUUCCACUUCCUGAGUUGGUAUGACCAGGGAGUCCCUUCCUCUACAAGGUCACUCCUGGACUUCCGCAGAAAAGUAAACAAGUGCUACCGAGGCCGCUCUUGUCCAAUAAUUGUUCAUUGCAGGCAAGGAGACAUCCUUGUAGGGAGCAAUUCGAGGCCCUCCGUGCCUGAUGACAGAGUGUCCUCAAUUAUUGGGCAGUGGCAGCUGACUCCCAGUCAUUCUGGGUUACUCAUACCAGUGGACACUUCCUUCCCCAUUCGAACCUGCAACAAGCUCUCAGGUGCUAAAGAGAUUGAUAUCGCAGCGACCCUGGAGCACUUGAGGGACCAGAGACCAGGCAUGGUCCAGACAAAGGAGCAGUUUGAGUUUGUGCUGACAGCUGUGGCCGAGGAGGUGAAUGCCAUUCUGAAGGCCCUUCCCCAGUAGGCAUGGAAGCUGGAGCUGGCGGGACCCCACCACGAGUUCUAGGACCACAACCGGAUGUCGUUUCUGCAGCUUCUGGGUAGUAACAGGGUCCUUCAGGCUCCAUCAUCAGUGCAGGUGGCUAGUUAGGUGUACUUUUGUUUAACUUAAUAGCAGAUGUGUGGAAACACCCAGUUAAGAGGGAAGGAAAGACUCAGCUCAUUUGUAUCAAGGUCUUGACAAAAAUCUUUUCCCUAAAGCAUACUUUCACAUUGUUGUAUCAAUGACACAGUAAUUAGAAAUCCACGUGGCCUCCGUGGGAGUGUGCUUACAUCUGUAAGUGGCUGGAGAAGGGGUGGAUGGGCCAGCACAGACAACAAGACACCUAUUAGGAACCAUCAUGUGUAGAAACACAUUUGACAUUUGCCUGUAAGACAAUCUCACCAUCAGGAGAAAUCUCUGGGAAAGAGAUCAGUGUCCUGCAUCCCUGGAGCAUAUGACAAGGGUAUUAUCAUAUCAUUCUACCCAUUCCUCCUGAUGCACCCCCAGCACAGUGAUUGAUCAUGUCUACCCCAUGUGGAUCCUAAGGGCAGACACCUUAUCCCUCCUGGAGUAUGGCCACUGUAUCUGCUCCAAAAGCAGGGACCCAGAUGAUAGCUCACCCUUGCACCCUUGCAAAGUUAUAGAAGAUCCCAGCCCUGAAAUGCAUUUUUAAUAUUAAGAUUCUUGUUUCUGCAUUAUAAGAACAGGCGCCCAUGGUACGCUUUCCUCAAAGUGACAAAACCAGAUUUAGUAUGGUAUUUAGCAAGCUCCAAGGGUCCCAAGGAGUAAAUGCUCCCCAUCCUGCCUCAUCCAGGAAGUACCCCAAUGUAACUGGCAUCAGAAAAUGUCUUUGAUGCCCCUACUCCUUGAAAGAAGGCUGGGAAGCCCCUUUGGCUCUGCUUCCUCUCACCUCCCAGAUGACUUAAUGAAAUGCGUGCUCACUGGAUGAUCCAAAUUACCAAAGCAUUUGGGCACUGUACUUACCAUCUCCCCACACAAAGGAAAGAAGUCACUUCAGGAAGGGCAAGUUCCCAGAGUGCAAGGCACUAGUUCCCAGAGAGGUAGAGUGCAUUGCUCUGAGCUCCAGUUUGUAGGGCUGAGUCUGAAAAGCACCCAUCUCCUGUGUCCCCAUUGCUUCAUCCCCCUCAGCCUUGACAUUUCAAGAUUUCAAGUUGCAGUGUGGCGAGGGAAGUGGGCUGCCAAGCAGGACACGAUGCCACAGUGCUGUCAUGUCUCUAGUUGUGUUGUAUCCCUGCCUAGCAUCUCCGACACGUCUCUCCCAAGUCAUUUCCCCCUAUCUGGAAUUUAAAUAAUAAUUAAUAGAAAUGAAUUUAUCUGAAUAUAGGAAGCAUAUACCUAAUUGUAACUUCUUAUGUUUAAAGGAAAUCCUCAGCGUGAUAUACAGAUAUAUUUAAUUGUGUCAUAUUAAACCUUCUGAUUUCA